UACUGCACUGCUCCUCAGCUUUGUUUCCUAAUAAGGUUGGCUGUCGUCUGUAUCCAAGAGAUAAGCAAGAAUGUGCUGCUGAGUCAGCAUUUAAUCCUUUCCCGGAUUCUCCCUGUUGGUGCUUGCUGUGUCACCCUCUGGUCACAGGCCAGAAGUGGCUCCUGGCUGAACCUUUCUAUUCACUUGUUUUGUUUUUCUUUUCAGGUUUCAAUUCUAAGCUGCCCCGAUCCCAAAGUUCAUGAGAUCGCAUACCAGUAUGAAAACAUUGGCAUUGCUUUUCAGCUAAUAGAUGAUGUGCUGGAUUUUACAUCAUGUGCUGACCAUCUUGGGAAACCAGCAGCAGCAGAUCUCAAGCUUGGGUUAGCCACUGGUCCUGUCUUGUUUGCUUGUCGACAGUUUCCAGAAAUGAAUGCCAUGAUAAUGAGGCGAUUCAGUAAGCCAGGAGAUGUCGAACGUGCUCGGAAGUACGUGUUGCAGAGUGACGGUGUGCAGCAAACAACCUACCUCGCCCAGCGCUACUGCCACGAAGCUACGAGAGAGAUCAGAAAACUGCGCCCAUCCCCUGAGAGAGAAGCCCUCAUUCAACUGACAGAAAUGGUACUGGUGCGAGACAAGUGAGAGAACUCCUUCCACUCGUUCUGGCAGCUACUUACCAAACUGUGCCUACAUUUCCUUCAAGUUAUUUGCUUCCAACACAGGCUACCAAAAAUUAUUUUUUUAAGAAACUUUUGGUUGUUUUUUUUUUGAGGGGGGGAGGAGUUCUACUUUUUUCUUUUUUUUUUUCCUAAAAAAUAAAAAUGGAAACGUUUUAUUGUAGGAAGCCAUACAGUUCAGAGCAAAUCAGAUUGUGCUGUACAAUUGUUUUAGUGGGGGCUAUUAAUUGUGGGGCAGGGGAAGAUGUUUACAUGUUGAUGCACAAAGGCCACAAUGAAAAUAAAUAUAAAUCAGUGUAUGAAAA